GGGGCACUCUUCCCCACCUCCCUCCCCUCCCCCCGCCGUGGCGUCUGACGUCCCGCGCGUCGGCGGCCGCGGAGCAGCGCCGGGAACCAGGCGGGCCGCAGACUGGGUGUGAAGAGAAAAAAAUGACACUCCAAUGGGCGGCAGUUGCAACCUUUCUUUAUGCUGAAAUAGGACUCAUUUUAAUCUUCUGUCUACCUUUUAUUCCUCCUCAGAGAUGGCAGAAGAUUUUUUCAUUUAAUGUCUGGGGUAAAAUUGCAACUUUCUGGAACAAAGCUUUCCUUACUAUUAUAGUCCUAUUGAUUGUUCUGUUUCUAGAUGCUGUGAGAGAAAUAAGGAAAUAUUCCUCUACUUCUUCCAUUGAAAAGAGCUCACCCAGCAGACCUGGUGCCCAUGAACAUACACAGAUGAAACUUUUUAGGUCGCAAAGAAAUCUUUACAUUUCUGGAUUUUCGCUAUUUUUUUGGCUAGUUUUAAGACGUCUGGUUACCCUUAUUACUCAGCUGGCAAAAGAACUGUCAAACAAAGGAGUACUUGAAACCCAAGCAGAAAAAACUAAUGUGGCUGCCAAAAAAUUCAUGAAAGAGAAUGAAAAACUAAAACGGCUCUUGAAAAGCUAUAACAUGGAAGAAGAACACAUUUUGGAAGCAGAAAAUAAAAAACUGGUAGAAGACCAGGAAAAACUGAAAACUGAAUUAAAGAAGACUUCAGAUGCCCUUUCUAAGGUGCAAAAUGAUAUGAUGACGAUGAAAAUGCAAUCAGAGAGACUUUCAAAAGAAUACGACCGACUCUUACAAGAACACUUGGAACUUCAGGAUCGUUCAUGGAAAGGCAACAAGAAAGGCCUGUGAACUGUGUGAAAGAAGAUUGUGAUACACCAUGUCAAGAUAAUAAAUUUGUUAUGUUAGCCGCUAGAAAAUUUAAAAUUCAGUUCAGAAAAAUGUACCAUGACUGGCCAAUAUUUUUUUAAUGCCACAUAUAUGCUGUUAACAUAAUGGCAUCACAAUGUUUGAUAAUGUUUCACAUAUAUCAUAAAGUCUGUAUUCCAGCUCUUACGUAAAAUAGAACCAUAUUAAACACCUUAUUUAGAUGUUGAUAGUAACACUGGUUUGACUGUUUUACCAAUAGAAGGAAAAAUUCAUUAGGUAGUUACUUCCAAAAUUAGAUUUUUAAGUUGCAUGAAACUAUUAAUAGCCUUAAAAACUUUGAUGAGUUUCCACUAACAAUAAUCUAAUCAGAUGAUGAUGAUGAUUUUGUAUAUGAAUAUAAUAUCCAGUAUCAGCAAAUUUGUUCAUGGGGAAAAUGAAUAAGGAUAAAUAAUCAGAGCUUGCUACUAUAUUUAUAGGGAAGAAUCAGAAAGAACAAAAAAGAACAAUUACCUUAGUUUUUUUUUAAGCCUGAUGAUACUAUGGUUUACUCUCAUAAGACAAUUCUAAUGAUAAUUAUAUUUUGUUACUGUGCUUCUGUAUUUGUUAGACUUUUUGUUGACAUUUGUGUUAAUAACAUAAUUAGUAAGCAUUCUACCUUUUUAAAAUUUAGCUAGAAAUGGAGUUUACAUCUAUUUGCAUAACUGUCACAGCACUGAAUUUAAAUCAUUUUACAACAAUGUGGAAUUCUUGACUCAGAAAGUUAAUGUACAACAUAUCCAAAGUGUUUGGAUAUGUUAAUGUACAACAUAUCCAGCAAGUGUUUCCCAUUGCUGUGAGAGUUACUAAUUAUACAAAUAUUACCUCAAGUACACAUACACUGGUAUCACAGUUUCUGAGAUGUAGAUGUUUCUGUAUUCUGAAAGCUAAAUAUUAAAAUAUUAUUUUUCCAUUCAAAUAUUAAUUUAGAGUUUCCUUUAGAAGAUGAUAAUGAUUAUAACAUUAAUAUGAUUUAGGCUGUUCCAGUAUUUAGACAUGAAAAUCAUCCGUGUCUCACAAAGACCUAAAUAUAAAAGAAAAUGGAAAAUAAUUACUAGGGUUUUUACUUUACUGAUAUUUGUUUCAUCUUUUGUUUAUUAUCAUUUUAGCACUAACUCUACACAUCUCCUUUUCAUUGUAAAUGGAUGAAAUGAGCAAGUACAUAAGAAUUUCAUUUCAGAUAAAAGUCAGGAGUUACUGCUAAAAAACAAGACACGUAGAAGACAUUUAAUGGUACUAAGAAAUGGGAGUUAGACCAUAUGGGCUGACAACACCAUAAAUAACAAGGAAAGGGAGGGAGUGCUGAAACAGGACAGAACUGAACAAAUGACAGCUCAAGGUAUCAACUUAGAAGUAUAAAGUGAGAGCUACAUGGGUAAAUGUAUAAUGAGCGUUUGUGAUUCUGGCCUACUAUAUAGAAAUCAAGUCCAAUGAUAGAGUAACAUAUAGAAUAGUAGAAAAUACAAAGCUUUAGAAUUGAGAGAAGUAAAAUCUAAUCCCAGCCUCACAAUAAUUUAGUCAUGAGGUUUUGAACAAAUUAUUUAAACCUGCUAGACUUAUAUUUCCUCAUCUCCAAAGUGGGAGUAAUAACAUUUAGUUCAGGAUUACUAUAUAAACUAAGAUAGCACAGUGAUUCUCAAAGUUGCUCAGACUGUAAAGCAAGGGGAAUGUCUGGGUGCUUUUUGAAGAGCACGAAGAUUUGAAAGAUUUCCUGAGAGUACUUUAAAGCGUAUAUUUAAGUAAUCUUAGACCUCAAUUUUAUAGAUCAGCAACCUGAGUUUAAAAAGUUUAAACCACUUUCCCAAGGUAACAUGGAUAAUUAGAUCCAAGGCCAGAAUCUGAGUCUAGAGUUCAGGUGUUCUGGUUCCCGAGAUAUUAUUCUAGUCUUUAUAAACACAAGUUAGCCAUAAUUUGCUAAAUAAAACAUUUGCAUGUUUUAGCCAGGGUUUGAACAAGAAACUUUGGCUUUAGAGUCUGUACGUUUCCACCAUACUGAACUGCCCGUCAAGCUAUGCUUGUUGGUUCUAAUUACUCUCCUUGCCAAUGAUAGUGUAUCAAAUCCUAUUAGAAAUAAACAUGUAUUUCAUGGA